AUGAGAGAACUUCAAGAUAGAGAAGGAAAGCUCAAACAAACAAAUGAAGAGAACAACAAAUUAAAGAAAGACCUUCAAGAUAGGGAAGGAAAACUCAAGCAAAUUAAUGAUGAAAACAACAAAUUAAAGAGAGAUCUCCAAGAAAGAGAAGGAAAACUCAAACAAACAUAUGAUGAAAACAGCAAAUUAAAGAAAGAUCUCCAAGAAAAAGAAAGAAAACUUAAUCAAAUAAAUGAUGAAAAUAACAAAUUAAAGAAAGAUCUUCAAGAUAGAGAAAGGAAACUCAAGCAAACAAAUGAUGAAAACAAUGUAUUAAAACGAGAUAUCCAAGAUAAAGAAAGAAAACUCAAGCAAACAAAUGAAGAAAAUAACAGAUCUAGGAGAGAUCUCCAAGAUAAAGAGAGCAAAACAGGUAAAAAUGAUGAAGUUAACAGUUUUGAGAAGAAAAUACUAUCACAGAUUUCAGAACUUAACAAUUCUAAUGAUUUUCAACGUGUCUAUAGGUUCUUUAAUGAUCUUUCAUCUCAAGGAAAUCAAAAGAUGAUUUCAAAAGCAUGUGAAGUAGGACUUUGGAAAAAGACAUUUCAAAAAUCAGUGGUUGAUGAUCCAAGGAAUGUACUUCAUGUAGCUUGCGAAGAAGGAAAUCUUAGACUUGUUAAAUCUCUAAUUGAAUGUUGCUGCGAUAAAGAAAUUGGAAGUAUCAAUUCUGGAUUUACACCACUCAGUUAUGCAUCGGAAUAUAGUCGUCUUGAUGUUAUUAAAUAUCUUGUUUCAGUUGGAGCUGACAUAGAUGCAAAGAGUGAUAAUGGGAAAACUCCAAUAAUUUUGGCAUCAGAAAAGGGUCAUCUUGAAGUUGUUAAAUACCUUAUCUCUGCUGGCGCUAAUAAAGAAGCAAGGGAUAAAUUUUGA